AUGCUUUCUCUUGCAUCUCUCCUCAACCCUUCCCCUCAAGGAUCCUCUCCCGCUCCACCUACCACCCGACUCCCUCAGUUUAUGCCUAGCCCUACAGCCUCCUCGCCUGCCACCUCGACUGCUGAUGAUACCUCGCCGUCACGCACCGGAAGGCCGCUCGUGACCAAGUUCAGGAUGACCAAAGAGCUGCUCACUGUCAAAUCAAAACCGAGGGGUCCUAUCAAUUACUGGCCCUACCAAGAUGUCGACGACGCUGCCCGCCGUGCGGUUGAGAAAUUUCAAGUCACCCCUUUUGGCCAGAUUCACAACUGCUGCGCACACAUUCCGUACAACAGUGGAAAGAAAGACUUCUACGAGAAAACGGGACGGGAAAGCUUUGAAGUCUUCAAGUACGAGUUCAGGGUGCCGGGCGUUGACGCCGAGUUUAUGGUCAUGUGGGACUACAAUAUUGGCCUGGUUCGCAUGACUCCCUUCUUCAAGUGCUGCAAGUACGGAAAGGCCUUGCUGACUGGCGUGCUCGAGACGGUCCCAGCGAAGAUGUUAAGCCUCAACCCUGGGCUCAAAGACAUCACACACAGCAUCACAGGCGGUGCCAUUUUGGCUCAAGGAUACUGGAUGCCCUACAACUGUGCCAAGGCUGUCUGCGCGACAUUUUGCUACGACAUUGCUGGAGCGUUGAUCCCGCUAUUCGGUCCCGCAUUCCCAUCUGAAUGCACACCGCCCGGUGCCCCCGAAUUUCAACGCAUGAUCAUCAGCUCGCAGAUCAUAUACGACGCCCAGCGAGAGGCGGAGAUUACGCGCCGGAAUAUCUUACGUGCUGUGGCCUCGAGCAAUCGUGUCAGCGGCGGUAGCUACACCAGCAGCCCCGACUCCCGCCAGGACCGCCGACCCCUGCGGCCGGUCCGUGACGUCGACCGCCGUCUCCGCGUCUAUACCCGGCUCCUGAGCCCCUACAGUACAGACACGGACGCUGAAGGCCAUCAUUCCGGCCCGGAUUCGGGUCCGGACUCGGCCUCGAGUUUGGUCUCUAGCGCUCUCGGCUAUGCUUUCCACCGCCCGGCAGCCCCGACCCCCAUGCGGCACACCUCUGGCUGGACGGCCGCGAAUCAUGGGCACCCGCCCGUACAGGCACGUCCUCGCCAGCUCCCACAAGCGUACCACCGGGAGGGUACGGGGUUCCAGCCGCCGAACCCCUGGCUCAGCGCCGUCCCCCGCUUCGCCCCCGCGCCCAUGACGUCGGCAGCACAUGCACCGCCGCGCAGCCAGCCCCUGACGCAACGGACGUGGCCGGCUAAGCGGCGGUGGCGAGAGCCAGAACGGCAGCCCAGCGCUCCGGUACAUUGCGGAGAAGAGGCGGGAGGAGAACGUGCCGGGGGUGGACCCUGCCGAGAAGAAUGCAGCUUUGCUGUUGAUGGACCUCAGCGUGCGGGACCAGAUUUUCCACCGCCAUGCUGCUGA